UCAGUUCGUCGAUUUCGUCUGUGGCGUGUUGAUAUCGGUAUUUUUAUCAGUGAUUCAUUUCGAUUGUGUUGUUUAUAGUUCUCAAACUUGUCACUAACCGAAAUUAUUAAUAAUAUCGUAUAAAGCGUUUUAUAUAUAAAACUUAUUUUCGAUUUAUAAACAUUUUGCUCAAAAUUGGUGUUAUUUUUGUUUAUGUUGAGGUGCACAAGUGUGUUUGCCAUAAUUAUAAAGUGAAGUGAUCGAAUAUUAUAUCAUGGAUAAUAAUACAAAUAUGAAUAAAGAUAAUUACAAGUGCGAUAAGAUCUUAUUGAAUGAAGAGUUUUCCGAAGCCCUAAAAAAAACGAUACAUGAAAUUAUAACAAGAGUAAAAUACGUACAUUACAAUGUAACUGUUCGAAAAAUAACUACGGGUGGUAACAAUUUCUUAGGUGAACUAUACGAAAUAGAUAUCGACGGCGAAACGAGUGAAACAAAAAAUGAAAAUAAUAUAUUUCUAAAACGCAUUAUUCAAAACGAUGACUUCAGAAUAUAUUCCAUUCCAGAAGUUUAUAAGAAGGAAGCAUUUUUUUACAAAGAACUCAGUAAAAUAUUCAACGAAUUACAAGAAAACGUAAACAUUCCGGCCGAGGAUAGAUUCAAAAUGGUCAAAAGUUAUGAAGAAACAAACGAUGAAGUUAUAAUACUUGAAAACUUAACUAAAAAGAACUUUAAAACAAUGUUCAGAAUGGAUGUAAUGUCUAUUGAAUUUGCAAAGUUAUCUAUAGAACAAUUGGCCAAGUUCCACGGAUUAUCAUUCGCUUUACAAAAAAAGAGACCAGAAUAUUUUGAAACGAAGAUUAAAACGAUAAAACAAUCGAUGGUAUAUGAUGACUAUUGGAACGAAUUUGUUACGAAAAUGUGUGAACUUUCCGUUUCUAAAUUGAAUGAUGUCACGAAAGAAAAAAUAUCAAAAUUUUUCGAGUAUUCUCUAGACAAAUAUCCCAAAUAUAUGAACGGACUGCAUUCACAAAUCAAAUGCCUCUGUCAUGGAGAUUAUAAAAUGAAUAAUAUAAUAUUUAAAGAAGAAGAUGGAAAAAUAACAGAAGCAAUACCGAUCGACUUCCAACAAAUAUACUUUGGCUGUCCGGUGAUUGACCUCAUAUACUUUAUAUACGCGGCCAGCGAUCGGGACUUCAGAAAACAACACUUAUAUCAUCUUAAAGAUCUAUACUACGAGACUUUAACGAGGUUCCUUAACUACUUCGCUAUUGAUGUCUCUACAGUGUGCCCGAGAGAUGAAUUUGAGGAAUGCUUUAAGCAUAGCUUAGACUAUGCCUUAAUGUAUACGCUGUAUAUGUUGCAAAUGUUCUUCGUCACUGAUGAUAUACCAGAUAUAAGCAAGGAUGAAUUGUUGGAGAUGAAAAUUCAGGUCGAUGACAGAUUUUAUGAUAGAAUGCAAGGCAUCGUAGAUGACUUUAUUGAUUUGGGAGUUCUGUGAGCUAAUGAUUGUGUUUAUUACAGACAUUGUUUUUUUUUUUUUAAUUUUUUUCGAUCAAUAAAUUAAAAGGUUGUUUGUAUACAGCCGAUCGUUGUAUUAACUAUUUUAUGGCUUUAGGAUUUUAGGCUUUUAAGGUUACAUGUAGUUUUGAAUCUUCGUUUUACAAGAUUGUUUGUGGAGGACUGUAGAAUCCGUUAGAACCACAAUACAAGUAAGUAAUUAUUCUUCCUCUUGUAAUAAUUGAAAAGUAAUUAUUGUAAAAAUAUCAAACUAUGAAAAGGGCUAGAUCAAUGUAACUUGCAAAUAACGUCUGGUCUACUAGUCUUAAGUCUGAGUAGGUACCACCCACUCACCAUAUAUUUUACCACCAAGUAGCAACACUUUACAUUAUUUUGUUCCAGUUCGUAGGGUGAAUUAGCCAGUAACUACAGGCACAAUGAACAUAACAUUUUGUUUCCAAGGUUGGUGUUUAAAGGUGUUGGUGACCACUUACGAUUAGAUGGCUCAUUUACCCAAAUGCCUACCAAUAUCAUAAAAAAGACCUUCGACUAAGAAUUUUGAUACAAGGCUGUGGAGUAAUUGUUAUUAAUUAUUUAAUUAAAAGUUUGUACAAACGCCGUAUCAAUAUUUACUUAAUAAAUCCUAUAUUACCUUUGAUAUAACAUUUUGAAGUAAGAUACAACAAAUUUAAGUUAAUUUUAAUAAACGCACUUGCCUUCAUGCAUUUAUUUUUGGUACAAUCCAUAUUGUAUAUCGGUAUCUAAAAUAAGUAACAUAAUAGUAUUAAUAAAAGUUAGAUUAAACAGCGCUUGUAUUUUUUUUUAUUUAUGUAGUCGGGCGGGAUAAUUUUUCGCUCGAUGUCAAGUGGCCAUAUACACAUACAUAGCCAUACUAGUUACACUGGCUCACUCA